UCGUCGCGAACGAACCGAGUAUAUACACUCUUCUUCUUUUCGACUCGCAGCUUUAACAAUUCGUAGGUAGGUAGGUAGGUAGGUAGGUAGGUAGGUAGGUAGGCUGGACUGGGAUUUGGGGUGGUCACGGACGGGCUUCAGCACGGCGCGGAUCCUCUCGCUCCGUGCUGGACCACAGCAGCGCGCCGUCGCCGUUGGAUGCAGCGGACCGAGCGUGGAGAAGCGACGACCGUCGAUGGCUGCCGGCCGGGGCGACGUAUUGUUAUCCGUAAUGCGGUACCAUAUUUUUAUGAUUCAUUGUUAGCCAGAUUGUGGAUAUCUUCGCGCGCGCGCGCGGCGCACUCCGUGUCCGCACGCGAAGCUCCACAAGUUUCGACAAGUAUGCGAACAUGCAACGAGCGCAUUCCGCAAUGGCGGAACACAUUCUCGAAACGACGUGAAGUUGCCGAAUAAUCGAAUCGCCCGAGCUGGAAUAUCGCGCGCCGGUGGCGACCCGUUGAUCCCUCUCGCGCUCGUUAAUCAUCUCUUAACCGCGCGGAAUAAUGUUCGCACAUCGAGUCGAAUAUCGAGAGUACCUCGGACCGCCGCGCGCGGGCUUUUCCGAGAGUAAACGGAUCGGCCGGCAAUUGAGAACCUCGAUGCGCCAUCGAGCGUAUCGAUAUUUCGGGAAUCGUGACCAUUAACCGUAACUGCGGUAUUUCUUACGGAGCAGAUUGACGGAGAGCGCCGCAGCAGCGCGCGGACCAUGGAAAAAGUCGCGCGCUCUCGCGUGUUUGCCGCUCGCCAAAAUGGACUUUCUGCGCGCCGGGAACGCCGAGAGCAGCCUCGCUGAAGGUCAAUUUGUGUCAAAUCGCGCUGGAGAAAUGAUUCCCGAUAUGCGAAGAGGCACAAGUCGCCUCGAGAGGGCGGGGUCACAUCGCCGCUAAACCUAACCCUAACCCAACUUUAACCCAAGUGGAGAGAGGAAAGGACAGACAUGAUUCUUCUGGAAAUCGCUGGAAUACAAUGUUCUUCCUGGAUCUACGCUGGAUCUACGCUGGAUCAACCGUAUAAGGCUGAAUGCUGAGAAGAAUGAAUGCAAAAAGUGACGCGAUCGGAAUAGAGCCAUGGAUUUCAUUGUCUGAACCUGGACCCCAUUGGGCACAUUGCGGGAAGUCGAGUCACCGAAACGACCUACUUUCCGGAGUUGCGACCACACAGUGUGAACGCGGUUCGCGGGGGUGCAGUUGCCGCACCGGAGGAUCCGGUUCGGGCCCGAGCUGCCUCGAUUCGAAGAUCUUCAGACCAGAGUUGCGGCCACGAGAUGGGUGCGGCUCCCGGGAGGUGCAGGUGCCGUACCGGAGGAUCCGGUUCGGGCCGAGCAGGGUCGACUUGAAGAUCUGUAGCGGAACGCGGUCGACCCUGAGUUCCUGGUAUUUUGGUGAGUCCAUAAAAAAACCGUAUAUAAGAAAUGACAGAUUCUGGAUUUGUUAG